AUGGCGGUCUUUAGCAGCAUCGAGAUUCGUUCUCGCGGAACAACUCUGCCUUCCACUCCCUCAACCAAGCAGCGUUGGCGUCGCCGAAAGUAUCUACGGUCCAUCAAAGCCGAACGCGAUGCAUCGCCCGCCAGCAGUUUUGAUCGCGUGGCGAUGUGGGAUGUCCGUCUAGGAAAGUCGACGACGCGAGGGAAAGUGACCAAAUCCGAGCCAUCGCUGCCUCCAUCAGAGAAAAUCAAGCGUCAGAUACGUCGGGCUCCACGAUACUGCACGGCCCCACCACCACCAACCAGCAAAGACUUCGCCGACUACCAGACAAAGAGAUUUUUCAGUGCUCAUCCAGAUUGGAAGUUGGGAAUGCCGAUUGGAAGUCCAUACCCGCCCAUGGAAGAGCCCUGGCAGCAAGACUACACGCGUACUACUUCAUACCUGCUCAAUCCGCAAUUCGAAUCCGGACGAGUGAGGCCAUACGGCGAGAAUGCAGGCGAAGCGUCGUCGCUGGGCUUCUUCGCGAAGCUUCCGGUCGAGCUGGUCCAGUGUAUCGUCGAUUAUCUCAAAGACGAGAUUCAUGUGGCCCUCCCAACCAUCAAUAUUCAGACGCCACAAGAAAUCAGACAGCAGCUCACGUCAUUCUCCAACGGAUGGAGCAUUUUUGGCCGGUCUUCCGGCCUCACCGCUGCCAGUAAGGCGCUUCGAAGCGAGGUCGUCACCUAUCUCUUCGACAGCCAUCCUGCACGACAUUACCUGAAGCUGACCUCAACGUAUGACGACGAGCCACCAGAGUCAGUGGCACCGUCGACUCUGGAUGUCCCACAAGACACCAAAUCGCUGUUCGUGUACAUUCACGUCAUUUACCAGGCCAGGGGAUUCACAAAUUCCGAGGCCAUGGUUAGAAACUUCUGGGACACCACCGGUAUCGUCAAACUCCUGACGCGGGCGCUGAACCACCAUGCGCCCAAUCUCAAGCAUCUCGUCGUCCGCUUCCACUUAAACGUCCCUAGUAAAAGGGAAUUCGACGUGUCGUGCGAGGGGGAUCGCCGGGUUCCGCUGUCGUCUAUCCCAAAGAAUAUCGAAGACCUCGGUAUGACGUUUCGUAGAUGGGGUAAAGAAACUGCAUACGUUUAUACCAACACGGUGAGUAAAAUUGCUCGUUUGGAUGCCACCAAUGUCUAA